UCAUGCAGGUAUUCACUAGACCAACCUUGUCGGGGGUAGUCCGUUACUCGAAGGCGUUCAGCUGGCAAAGUGGUUGCUGUGCUUCUACUCAGAUAAUAUCCUCAUCGGUGUUCGGAGACAGCUGUUGGCCACGAAAUGGCAACAGGUUGAGCAGCUUAUGGGAUGCUGCAGCCGUUUCUGAAAAGAUGGAUUUAAAAAUUCAAAGUGACGGCAAAGAAAAGGAUGAGCCCCAAGAUGGAGCAGCAAGGAAAGGCCCGAAAAGUAUCAAAAAAGAGGAGAAGUUCAUACUGAAAACACCAAAGGGUACUCGAGACCAAGGUCCUAUGCAAAUGGCGCUUCGUGAACAUGUCUUCGCCAUCGUCAAGGAAUGUUUUACACGUCACGGUGCAGAACAGAUCGAUACCCCUGUGUUCGAGUUGAAACAAACUCUAACAGGAAAAUACGGAGAAGAUUCAAAACUUAUCUACGACCUUGCCGAUCAGGGUGGAGAGAUUUUAUCAUUGAGAUACGACCUAACGGUACCAUUCGCUCGUUACCUGGCCAUGAAUAAGAUCGCGAACAUUAAGCGCUUUCACAUUGGCAAGGUGUAUAGAAGGGAUAAUCCGGCGAUGACUCGGGGUCGUUAUCGUGAGUUCUACCAGUGUGACUUUGACAUUGCGGGUCAGUACGAUCCCAUGCUUCCUGAUAUGGAGUGUAUCCAAAUUGCCUGCGAAAUUAUCAAAAAACUCGACAUUGGUGAAUUUGUGAUCAAGGUUAAUCACCGCGAAAUAUUAAACGGCAUGUUUAACAAAUGUGGUGUUCCUAACGAGAAAUUCAAGGAGAUUUGUUCGGCACUUGAUAAACUGGAUAAAAGUCCAUGGGAAGAGGUUAAAAAAGAAAUGUGUGAGGUCAAGGGUCUUGCGGAAGAGACCGCUGAUAAAAUCGAGAAAUUUGUUAAAUUUAACGGAGGGGUAGAACUUGUAGAUAAAUUCCUUGGCGAGGACCUGGGCAAAAAUCCUAACGCAAAAAAGGGUCUUGAGGAUCUCAAACUAUUGUUUGAGUAUGCCGAGAUUUACGGUAUCGCUCAGUACUUGUCGUUCGACCUUAGUUUGGCUCGAGGCCUCGAUUACUAUACAGGCGUUAUCUAUGAAGCGAUAUUACGUCAGAACCCUGCCUCUCCUCAGGACGAAGGUGAAAGCGUAGGCUCAAUUGCUGCUGGCGGCCGUUAUGAUGGUCUUGUUGGUGUCUUCGAUGCCAAGAAUAAAUCCACACCCUGUGUUGGCAUCUCUAUUGGUGUUGAAAGAAUUUUUACAAUUCUCGAAAAUAGGCAGCCCAAUGAUGCUCAUUCGGGUUUACCUAUUCGAAGUGUGGCUACCGAAGUUUAUGUAUGUUCAGCCCAAAAGGGUCUUGCUAAAGAACGCAUGAAAAUUUGUGCUGAACUGUGGGCCAACGGUUUCAAAGUAGAACAAUCAUUCAAACUUAAUCCAAAGUUACUCGUUCAGCUACAGUAUUGUGAGGACAAGCGUAUACCAUUUGCGAUUAUCAUUGGCGAAUCUGAAAUUGAGCAAGGUAUUGUCAAGUUAAAAACCGUCGUCACUCGAGAGGAGGUUGAAGUUAAUAGAAAGGAUCUAGUUGCGACGCUUAGGCAGAAAGUCGCGCGGUCGUAGACUUUUUCUUUGCUUUCGCUCGGCUUAACGUAUUUAUGUUUUAGCCGCUAAAGUAUUUAAUAUUAUAGUAAACAAAGCAAAUAAUAUGGUGACGCGAAUCUUGAAUCUUCAGAGCCCUGCAUUAAUGUUCCUGACUAAUUUAGGUGAAAAAAUGACACUUAUUUCUUGGUGUUAGGUAGAGGAGGAAGGGAGAUAUUUGAGAGGGCGAAAUACUGUAUUUAGACUAGGGUGUCAAGAAGCAAAGGCGGCAUGCCAUCUUAUUAUGAUAAAGAUAAAUCUUACUUAAAGAGUCCGAGUUACUCAGCCGGAAGAAUGGGAGGCCCUGUUCAUAAAAACAGCAUCUGCUACAUCUGACAACUUUAGAUGCUCAAGCAAUUAUUUACGGUCUCCGAGUCCAAAAAUGGUUAUUACUACACGAAAUCUCAAACUUUUAAUAUCCAGAUGGGUCAUAAUGAUUGUAAGCGUUGGUGACUUUUUUUGGGACCUCUUUUUCCCAAUUUAUGGCGCUUCUAAAUGCACCGUGUUCAAGUCAAGCGGGUAAUAAAACCAAUUAACAUGUUCGUCCUUACCAACAGAUAACCAGCCCACAAAUAUAACGAUAUGUUUUUUAUUUUUUAAAGCACAAAAUCUGUUUAGAAGUCCAAGAUGUCACACGACACGGGUCCGUUUAGCCUAUUAUUUAGCAAGAUGUGGAUGAGAAAAGGGACUAGGGAACUUUUAUAUAUCUGAUGGUUGAAAACUCAUAGCGGUGAAAAAAUUUGCGGCAUAUACAAUUGGUAAAAUGAUCCAAUUUCUCACAGAAAAAGAUAAGGCUUCACAAUCUAAUGAAAUAUUUAGCGAUGAUUAAUAAGAGAUAUAGUAAUCAUUACCAU